UUAACAUAUACUUGAUUAUCAAUUAUCAAUUAUCAUAUAUUCAUGGCAAAGAGUGAGGUAAAGUUGUUGGGUGCAUGGCCAAGUCCAUUUGUAUUGAGGGCUAGGAUUGCUCUUAACAUAAAAUCAGUGGAUUAUGAGUUCCUUGAAGAGACAUUUCAACCCAAAAGCCAACUUCUUCUUCAAUCCAACCCUGUUUACAAGAAAAUUCCUGUUCUUAUUCAUGAAAAUAAACCUAUCUGUGAGUCCUUGAUCAUUGUUCAGUAUGUUGAUGAUGUCUGGUCCUCCGGCCGCCCUUCUAUUCUUCCGGCGGAUCCUUAUGAUCGCGCCAUUGCUCGAUUCUGGGCAACUUAUGUUGAUGACAAGUUGUUCCCAGCCAUGAAAUCCAUUGCAGGAGCAAAAGGAGAGGAAGAAAGAAAGAGAUUGAUAAAGGAAGUGGAAGAAGGACUGGCACUACUAGAGGAUGCAUUUAACAAGAUCACCAGCAAAGGAAAUAACAAAUUAUUUUUUGGUGGUGACCAAAUUGGGUACCUUGAUAUUGCAUUUGGUAGUUUAUUGGGGUGGCUAAGGGUGACAGAGAUAACCACUGGUGUGAAGUUGUUUGACCAAGUCAACACACCUGGUUUGGUCAAUUGGGCUGAGAGGUUCUGUGCACAUGCUGCUGUCAAAGAUGUUAUGCCUCACACUCAUAAGCUUCUUGAGUUUGCUAAGACACUUAUGACCAAAUUGGCUCCUAUUUAACAAAUUAGUAGAGGGACAUGCAGUGUAAUAAUUAAGCCAUUGUUGCUGAGUGAGUGAGAUUUUGCUUUCGUGCCUUGUAUUGUCUAAUGCGAGGCUUGUUAAAUAAAAAAUGUUAUUGGUACAUUAAAAUUAGUUUUUGUUCACUAA